CACACCCCAUCAAUUCUCUCUCGCUGCUUUCUAUCUAUAUAUGUAUCUCCUCCAUUUUCCAACUUCAAAUUAAAACUCCUUCUCACCAAUCUUCACUCAUCUCUCUUUCUAAUCACACACACACAAGAAACAAUUAAUUGAGAAAGAAAAUAAAACACUUAGUAAGAUAGUGCAUAUAUAUAUGGAAGUAGAAAUGGAUGUUUCAGGAGUACACCACCACCAUCAUCAUCAUCAGCAGCAGCAGGAGAUGUCUUCACAAACACUAGAAAGCAUGUUGGUAUGCACAAAAGCACAACAAGACAAAAAACCAAGGCCACCAGAGGAAGCACUGAAAUGCCCAAGAUGUGAUUCAAGCAACACCAAAUUCUGUUACUACAACAACUACAGCCUCACUCAGCCAAGAUACUUUUGCAAGUCAUGCAGAAGGUAUUGGACUAAAGGUGGGACCUUAAGAAAUGUUCCAGUGGGUGGAGGCUGCAGGAGAAACAAGAGAUCCUCCUCCUCAUCCAAUAACUCAUCAUCUGCCACCUCAUCAAACUCCUCCUCCUCAUCUGCUCUACUAAUAAGAAGGCCCCAAGAUCAUCAUCACCAUCUCCUCAACCAUCCACUUAAUAUCAUGACAUCAUCUAACAACAGCUCAAACAAUAGUCACUUGCUUCAAGGUCUGACUCACUUGCCUGCUUAUCAUGACUCAACUUGUACUGAUUUGUCACUUGCUUUUGCUAGGCUACAAAGCCAACAAGCAAAUGGUCAUAUGGGUUAUAAUGACCAGUUUGACCAACAUUUAGGUAAUGGUAGUACUAAUAAUGGUGGUGGUCAUGACCAAUUGGGGUUUCUUGAUGCUAUUAGAGGUGGGUUAUUUGAGAACACCAACAAUAAUGGAUUUCAUAAUAAUGUGUUGUAUAAUGAUGGUGGUAAUGGUAAUAAUAUUGGAAAUGGUGAAAUGGGCAAUGUUGGAAACUUGAUCAACAAUAACCAUGAGCAAUUAGAGCAAGAGAUGAUGAACAACACAAUGUUUUAUGAUCACCAUCAAGAAUCUUUGAAGAACAAUAAUGGUAGUAGUACUUGUGGCGCGCCUACAACCGCAGUCACCAUGACAACAGUGAAACAAGAAGCGUGUAACAUGACGCGAUCUUUAUGUGAUCUUGGGGGAGAAAAUGUUAGAUCAGGAGGAGGGGUAUUAUGGGGAUUUCCAUGGCAAAUGGGUGCUGGUGCUGGUCUAGACCAAGGGACCAAUAUGGUUCAUGAGGUUGAAUCAUCAGGGAGGUCACAAAUUGGAGGAUGGAAUGGGAUUGGGUCAUCAACAAAUUGGCAUGGGCUCAUUAAUAGUCCACUUAUGUAGUAGUAGUACUUACUAGGUAGCAACUAGCAUGAUGCAUCAUGAUGUUGUGGUUGUUGUUUAAUUAUUAUUAUCAAUGUUAGUUUAAGGAGAACAACUUUACUUUUUUUUUAAAAAAAAAUUAUUUAAUAUUUUGUUUGAAUGAGGGGGAGAGGGAAUGAAGAAUAGAUUUUAUGUACUUGGUGUUAACUAAAUUUGUUUGUUUGUUUGUUUGUAUGUUUGUUGUUUAUGUUUGACAGUCAAGAAACCAGUUUUUGUUUCCUAA